CGGGGCUCCAUCCGGAGGCCGUGAUUCUGGCGGCUCUUUUGUAAAUGCAGCGGCGAUUCCGGCAGUGGUUUGAUCGGACAGAGAGGCCUGGGUAGUUGGAGAGGUGUUGGAAAUUAAUAGCUCUUCUAGCUUUUACAUUAUUUAAAUAUAGUAGAAAAUUGGACUGAUAUGUUCUUGAUGCCAACCUCUCCAGAGUUAAACAGUGGGCAGGACUUCCUAACCCAGUGGAUGACCAAUUCUUCUCGGGCUGGAGUUAUAUUAAAUCGUGGAUUUCCCAUUUUGGAAGCAGAUGAAGAGAAGCGAGUGAAUGUGAACAUUUCCACCAGCUUUGCUGUUAAAGCCACACAUUUUUCAAAUAGUUUCACUUUCAUAAGUGAAGAAGAAUCACUUAGUGAAGAACAGAAUUUGGAGUCUAACAGCCCUUACAGACUACAGUCAGAUAAAUCCGAAACAGACGCAGUCUUUCCUCUGCCUAAAGAGGAACCACAGCCAGUGGCAUGUCAGGAUGCUCCUGGACCCUGGGAACGUAACAAAAGUGACUUUAUCUUGGAUCUUGGGAGUGAAUUCAGAGAAGUGGCUUGUAAAGACCCACUUUGUAAGAAGCUUGAACAGCUGAAAGAGGUGCAACAGAAGAAGCAGGAACAACUGAGGAGGCAGCAGUUGGAGCAACUGCAAAGACUCAUGGAUGAACAAGAGAAGCUGCUCACUAUGGUGUCUGGGCAGCAUGUACUCCCAGGUUUAACUCUGCUGCCUGAUGAUCAGAGCCAGAAGCACAGAUCUCCAGGAGGUUCAACCACCGAAGAGAAACCCAGAUUCUUCUUACCAUCAUCUCUCUACCAGAAUCAAACUCAAGAAAAAACACGCACUUCCAACAUUUUGUCCAAUGAACAAAACAACUUCUGCAGAACUACUCGUCAAGAUUUUGUCUUAACUUCAAAGAGUGGUGCUUCUCCCAAUUUGUUUUAUGCAGCACGGUAUGAAGAAGCACUUGUGAAAAAAAAUGAUUUGAAGGAGGAAAACUAUAACCAUUCUAAAGAUGAAGGUGUUUUGCCAUGUUGGGAGAAAAUGACAGAUCAGGUUCAGGAAGAGAAUGAUGUGAACCUAAAAAAAUUUGCUGAUUCCUCAGAAGUGGUUAAUGUUGAAGAAAGGCCUAUUAAAGCUGCUAUUAGAGAAAGAAAACAGACAUUUGAAGACUACUUGGAAGAACAAAUUCAGCUGGAAGAACAAGAAUUGAAACAGAAACAGCUAAGGGAAGCAGAAGAAUCAUUGCUAGUCAAACCAAAACAACCAUUCUUAAAGCGCGGAGAAGGUUUAGCUAGAUUCACUAACGCUAAAUCUAAGUUUCAGAAAGGGAGGGGCAGUAAACUAAUGAGUAAUCAGAGCAUUUCAGAGGACCAACCUGUGUUUAAAAUAGACAGACAACAAUUCCAGCGGAAAACUGCUCUUAUUAAUAAAGAACUAUGUACAGAGAACCCUCAUCCUAAAAAGAACAAAGCUAGAACCAAGAGCGGUUAUGCCACACUCAGUGAGAAGCCAGAAGUGCUUAAGGGUAAUAAUGUGAAAGGUUUCUUUCCAUCAAGAUUGAAAAUACUGGCAGGGAAGAAAUGUGGGAAAUUUAGAGAGCAGUUCAAGUUAGAAGAAAAGGUAGAAUCUAAUAAUAAAGAAAAUGUACCUGAGUGUACAAAACCUUAUGAUAUUGGUUGCGAAGUCUGGAAUAACACACAAGAUAAAGACAUACAUCCCCUCUCUACAGGGCUGGAAGGCUGCAUGGUUAAAAAGCCAAUAACUGAGAGCUUGAGAGAGUCAGGAUCUUCUCCUGAUUCUGUUCAGAAAAAGUUAGAGAAUUGGGAGCAAGAAAAGGAAAAGGAAAAUUUGGAAUUAGAUGAGUUUUUGUUUUUAGAACAAGCUGCUGAUGAAAUAUCAUUUUCCAGCAAUUCCUCAUUUGUACUGAAGAUCUUAGAGAGGGACCAACAGAUUUGUAAAGGUCACAGGCUGUCUUCUACCCCUGUCAAAACUGUGCAGCAGCAAAAGAUGAUGACACUGGGGCCCAUUAGUCAGUGUAACCAAAAUGAGCAUCCAGACCAUAACAAACAUGAAAAUGAGGGUGAGGGUGAGGUUGCACCCAGACAACUUAAUUCACUGUCCUCACCUGAUGGAUUGGGGGGACCGUCUGGUAAAGUCAGUGAAAAAGUGUUCCAAAUGAACACUUCUGAAAAUCAAAGGAGGUUGAAAGCAAGCGAUAAUGUAAUGAACAGUGACAGUAGCACUGACUCUGAGGAGCAACUGGGUGUUACCAUAAAGUCAUCAACUGAGGGUAACAAAAGGGAUUUGAGCAGCAGAGAAGAUAGUCCACAAGUUUGUGAUGGUAAAGGACCUUUAAGGAAUAUUGGGACUCAAGAAGAGAGUAAAAGGAGAGAUGUGGAUUUAGAUUUGUCCGAUAAAGAUUGUAGUAGUGAUGAGUCUGUCAUAACAGAAAGCUUGAAAAAUAAAAGUUCUGAGUCCUUGAGUAGGCCCUCAUCUCUAAGCAUGAGUAAAUUUGACUUUGAUGAUGAAAGAACUUGGACCGAUCUUGAAGAGAAUUCAUUUAAAUGUGAUGUUACCCAUGGGAAUGAAGCCAUUUAUGGAACUCCCCAGACCUACCCUAAUAUGAGUGAUAUAUGUAUACUGGACAAAAUAAUAAAAAGGAGGGUUGCACCAGUGAAGAAGGAAGACUUGAGCCAAUCCAGCAGAGGCACAAGUCCUCCUCCUACAUCGGAUCUGAUGAUGAAAUUCUUCCCUUCUUUGAAACCAAAACCAAAACCAAAAUCAGAUUCACACUUGGGAAAUGAACCCAAGUUAAACAUUCAAGACCAACCCACUGGUGACAAUGCUCGAUCUCAAGUUUUGAGAGAGAAAGUUAUUGAGUUGGAAACGGAAAUAGAAAAGUUUAAAGCUGAGAACACAUCUUUAGCUAAACUUCACAUUGAACGAGAAAGUGCCUUGGAAAAACUCAGGAAAGAUAUUGCAGAUUUUGAACAACAGAAGGCAAAAGAAUUGGUUCGAAUAAAAGAAUUUAAAAAGGAAGAAAUGAGGAAACUACAAAAUAAACGCAAAGUUUUUGAAAUGUAUACUACAGCUGCAAGAACUUUUCCAGAUAAAAAGGAACGUGAAGAAAUACAGGCUUUGAAGCAGCAGAUAGCAGAUUUACAGGAAGACUUGAAAAGAAAGGAAGCAAAAUGGUCAAGUACACAUGGCCGUCUUAGGAGCCAGAUAGAUAUGUUGGUCAAAGAGAACACGGAUCUCCGGGAAGAAAUAAAAGUGAUGGAAAGAUUCCGACUUGAUGCUUGGAAGAAAGUGGAAGCCGCUGAGGGCAGCACCAAGAUCGGUCAGUGUGGGACUGCCAUGAAGAAAGAGGGGUCCAUGAAUUCAUCAGUUCGAAUUCAAAAGAGACAAAAUUCUGCUGGAACCCAGUUAGAACGAUACAAGAAAAAUAGUUUGCCCAUACAAGGCAAUCCAUCUUGGAGAUCCAAGUCUGUGCCUUCUCGUGAUUUAUGCAUUUCAGAUAAGGGACAAAUUGCCUUGCCCAGGGAGCCCCCUGAAUCAGUGGAUCUCCCAGAUCCUGAAUAUAAAGAGGAUGAAAAAGAGGAUAAAGAAGAAAUUCAGGGAGAAAUCAGUCAUCCUGAUGGAAAGAUAGAAAAGGUUUAUGAGGAUGGGCGCCGUGUUGUACUGUUUCCAAAUGGAACUCAGAAAGAAGUGAGUGCAGAUGGAAAGAGUAUCACUGUCACUUUCUUCAAUGGUGAUGUGAAGCAGGUCAUGCCAGAUGAGCGAGUGAUCUACUACUAUGCAUCCGCUCAGACCACCCACACCACUUACCCUGAAGGACUAGAAGUCUUGCAUUUCUCAAGUGGACAGAUAGAAAAACAUUUCCCAGAUGGAAGAAAAGAAAUCACAUUUCCUGAUCAGACUAUCAAAAAUUUAUUUGCUGAUGGACAAGAAGAAAGCAUUUUCUCAGAUGGUACAAUCAUCAGAGUACAACGAGAUGGCAGCAAAAUCAUAGAGUUUAAUAAUGGCCAGAGAGAACUCCACACUGCCCAGUUCAAGAGACGGGAGUAUCCAGAUGGCACUGUUAAAACGGUCUAUGCAAAUGGUCAUCAAGAAACAAAAUACACAUCUGGUCGAGUAAGAGUUAAAGACAAGGAUGGUAAUGUUCUAAUGGAUACAAAGUUGUAAUGCUCCUGUGUGUGACUAAUCAUGAAAUAACACUACCUUGAUUUUCUUGUUUAAAAAACAUACAUUUCUUGUGAUUGUGUGGUUUAAUAUAUAUGUACUCUGUGUAUAUAUGUAUAAAUGGAAAAGAUUAUGCUUGGAAUAUAAAAUAAAAUUCAUAGCAUUUUAUAAUGUUUGAAAUGCAUAAGGACAGAAAUGUAUUAUAGAAGUUCUUUAUCUAUAAUGGAAUGAGAAGGUAAAACAGAAGAGCUUAUUCAUUCUAUGAGUACAGAUAAACUUGAGAGUGAGGAGAAGGUAGUUAUGAUGAGGGUGAUGCUCUAAAUCACUGGUCAAAAUGUGACACUUGAGAAUGGAGGGGCAGAGCUGAUUGGCCACAGAUGCUAGGCUGUUAUGAUUUAUGAGAUGGCUGGGUGACAGAAGGAUAUUCUUGAAGGAAGACCAAAUCAUCUACACCUAAAUUUAUGUGAUUAUAGGUGGGUCUAGUCACUUCAUGCAGAAUGAUAGUGUUGGCAAUGACUUGAUUUUUUUAAAAAAGCUUAGUGUAUUCAUUUCAGAUGGUUUAAGAACUAAAUAUGAAGUGUAAAACUUUUCAAAGAAAAUAAGGAGUAACCUCAGGAUAGAGAAGG